AAGACCGCGAGCUACUACAAGUGGUCCGCGAAGAACGGCAUCGAGGCGACGAAGAUUCGGAUCGGAUACCUCGGCGCGAAGGACGACAACGAGACGAGCCGGAGUUGCGUCGCGACCGCGCCGAUCGCCGCGGGUGCGUCGUCGAGAUCGAGCAGUCGUUUAACAAACGCGCGAGUCGCGCGAGUCAUCCCGCGCCCGCCGCGCCGCGUCUCGCUCGCUCGCUCGCUCCUCCGCGGAGGGAGGACCUCCCCGACUCACUCACGCGACAUGUCCCGCGCUCUCCUCGCAGGCGACGUCCUCGCGCGGUGCCCCGCGGAGCUCGUCCUCGCGCUCCCUCCCAACGCGCCGAACCCGUUCCCGGACUACAUACCGACGCCGCUGUGGGAUAAAGCCCCGGGCGUCACCGCGGGGAGCUGCGUGGAAGAUUUUCGCAUGGCGCUCGUGCUGCUCCGCGAGCGUUCGCUCGGCGACGACAGCGCGUGGGCGCCGUACAUCGCGCAGCUGCCCGCGGGGUACGACCUCUUAGGGUGCUGGACCGACGAUCAGCUCGAGGAGCUCCAGUGCGAGCGUUUACAGGACGCCGCGCGCGCGCAACGCGCGGAAAAUAACGCCGCGUUCGACGCCGUGCGAAUGAACGUCUCCGCGUACGAUUCGGAUUACGAUCUCGGUCUCGGCGCGCUGACGAAGGAGGACGUCGUGUGGGGGUUAAACACGGUUCGGAGUCGGUCGUACCGCGCCAAGUACCCGUCGAGCUGCGGCGUGUUGCCGCCGCUGUCGAAUCUGGAAGGUAAAACGCUCGACGCCGCGGCGUUACUCACGAAGAGCGCGAGGCAACGCUCGGGGGAAAAGAGCGAGAGCGCGAACAAAGAGUCCGUGUUCAUGCUCCCGUUCCUAGACGCGUUGAACCAUCGGGAUAAUAAAGGCAGCGGCGGCGCGACGAAGCUGGUCUUCAUGUCCCCGCUCGAAGACGACGCCGCGGAGAGAGGCGCGAAGGGGACGUUCGAGCUGCGAUCGCCCGCGGCGGUGGAAAAAGACGCGGAAGCCGUCGUGUGCUACGGCGACAAAAACAACGAAGAGUUACUGCUACGGUACGGCUUUUGCGUCGAGAACGGCGUCCACGACGAGAUCACCCUCCCCGGAUGCAUGGACGAGCUGGAGUGGGUCAUGCCCGGCAGCGCGCGCGAGUCAGAUCUGAAAGCUGAGCGACUCGACGAGGCGGUGAAGCGCGCGCGUUUAAACGACGAGGGGAAGGCGUCCGUGAACCUGCUCUGGGCGCUGCGGGUGCUGCUCGCGUCGGACGCGACGUACGAAGCCGCGGGCGGCGCGAAGGGGCUCAUGCGCGCGUCGCUCCCGGGGGAGGACGGCGGCGAGGCGGCAGACGCCGCGGAGGACGGAGAACGGCCCGGAGAGGUCGAUGCGACGGAGGCGCAACUCGCGGCGGAGGCUUCGCUCGCGCUCGCGUGCGAACAAGAACUCGCGAAGAUGGGCGGGCGGGACGCGCUCGCGGAGGACGAGAUCAACUACGAGGCGGCGUCGAAAGUGUCCGCGCAGAUAGAGAUCGAGUGCGCGGAGGACGCGGAGGCGUGCGGCACCCCGGAAGAGGCGGAGUAUCUCAGGCGCGUUCUGGACUUUCUCUCCCGGCGUUUCUCUCCGCCCAUCCCUCGAUGGUUUCAAUCCCGACAUGCCUCGACGCCUUUCAACUCCGCUUCUGACGCCUUUCAACUCCACCCCGACGUCGCUUUGAAUGAUGGAACGACCCUCAGACGGCUGCUCAUCGCGUUGAGGUUUCGAGUGACGCGGAAGCGGGUGCUCGCGAUGGCGUUGGAUCGCUACACCCCGAAGUGA